AUGGACGGCCAUCACCACAUGCCGCCGCAUGGCCAUGACUCUUCGUCGUACCAGAACGGCUAUAAUGCAGUCGAUGAAUUUGGCAACAUCCUCUCGAAUGGUGGAGAGAGCGAUAACUUUGGCAAUUGGGGCUUCGAUGCUGCCUCUCAUAUUCCAAACCAAAAUACUCAGUCAGAUCCAUACUUGUCUUGGCAAACGAACACCGGACUAGAUAAUUACAACCACCAAGCUUUUAACAAAAGCCCAUCGACUCUUCAGACCGCUUCGUACACCGAUUACGGCAAUCCUCACCAAUAUUCACACUCUCCUUACGAUCCCUCGCUGGUGUCCGGCGCCACAAACGGACCGUCUUCGUAUGAACUUGGUCCAUCUCCAUACGGUCAGCCACAGCAGAUGCAACAUGGAACCAUUGCGCCGCAAGCUCUGGAGCAUGAACGUGCACACUCUGCUCGACCAAGCCAGACUUUGGAUCCUCAAUCAUUCUCUCGUCCCAACACUACCGAUGCUGCCGCAUACACCAGAGUUGUUCCUCCGGCACCCACAGCGGAUCAGGCUGCUCUGCACAACGCUAUUCCUGUGGGCACUCGCACUGGAAACUUCUGGAUGAAAGACACAGAUCGACUAAGCGAAGCAACCCAGUCCACUCCAGUGAACUCAUUCACAUUCGUUGGGAAGAACGAGUUUGAAUUGCCGAUCAACAGAGCUAGCGUCGCACCUGUGGCACGUAGAAAGUCAAGAGCCGAGCUUCGUCAAACAGAGAAGUUGAGAAAGAAGGAAAGAAGACCUACUGCACUGCCUUCUGGUCCAGGCUCAGUUGGCAGAUCGAUACAGCCAGUCAAGCAGGAACAGUCGGACUCCGAGACCGACUCCUCAGAUUAUGAUUCAGAUGAGGAAUCUGAUGAGGAGCCUGAGAUUUCUCCGUUGCCAGCGGAGCGAUCAGAUGAUCCCCGUGAAGGUGUCAAAUAUGACACUAUCAAGGCUCUUUGGGAAAGUCGUCAUGCUGCUGUUGCCGCGGACAGAAUCAGAACUGGCAUGGUAGACUUCAAUGAUAUUGUGCAAACUGUCAAGAAUCGAUGGAAAGCUGAUUCUGCUGCGUUGACCGAUGCAAUCGAUCGCAAGAGGAACGGCGAACUGCCGCUUCUGAGAAGUAGGGUGAAUGAUCAGCUCGAAGUGUUGAAGAUUGCAUUGCAAACCGCGAUCGAGCACGGAAACCGGGACAUUAUGGCACAGCUCGGCCAGCACGCUCAGAUCAUGGCGUCUUUCGCGCAAUUCCUGAUUGAUCGAAUCAAGAAGAAUGACUACGACGGGCCUCUCACUCGUCUGAUUCUCGAGGUACUCAUGCGCUGCGACACGUUUCCUGCAAGAACGUACGACGUAACAAAGUUGGGCAAAUGUAUCAGUAAUCUGAGCAAAAACGGCAGCAAGGAAACCCAUGACAUGUGUGAGCGUAUCAAGAGUAAUGUCACUGGUGGGGCCGAGAGCCAAGCAAGCAAUGAACAGCAGCCAGGCAUAAAGUCGCCUCCAAGUAACAGACCAACUCCCGAGCCUGUUGCUGGUGUCAAGCGUGCUGCUUCAGGCAGUGCAUCAUCUGACACGGCUUCGAAACGAGUACUUAUGACGCCCGCAACAGGCAAUGCCGCUGCGAAGACAUCCAUGCUCAAGCGUGCGCUUCCAAUUGGCACUAACCCGAAACCUCCUGCUGUUGCUACAAAGCCUGCAGUCGUCGGAGCCACUGUGAAAGCAAAACCUACUGUCACCAAGUCAGUCAUUUCUGCCUCUACAGGCGCAGGUGUUAAGAAAGCAGUCACCAAGACUGCAGCUCCCUCCGUGGUGGCCGCCGCAAUAAAAUCCAUUGAGAAAAAGGCAGCUCCUGCGGCACCUGCCAAACCUGCUUUCUCGUUUGCAGAGACAAUGGCCAACCUGAACAAAAGCAAAGAGAAAGAACCUAGCCCCCUCAAGGCGGAAGAAAAGCAGGCGCCUGAGACCGCAGAGGAAAAGGCAAAGCGUCUGCGUAAAGAGGAGAGGCGCAAACUUCGUGUUACUUUCAAGCCUGACAGUCAACUUGUCGAGACUCGAAUCUUCCAUCACGACGUCGACGAAGAACUCGGCCACGACGCAAGCAUGAUUCGCGAUGUCAGCGAUGUUGGUGGUGAAGGCCGUAUGUUCAAGCAGCACAAAGACAUGAUGGACAUCGAUGAGGACGACGAAAAUGCUACGGGCGAAGAGAAUCUUGGAGAGUAUAUCACGCCGACACUGACCGAUUUCAGCUCGGUGGACACUGAGGAGCGAAAGAGAAAUUACAGCCGUUACGCUGGCGGUGAACUCCAGCCAGACUCCGCAGAGCGCAUCAAGCGCGAACAGUACGAGGCUAGCACGCUAAUGGUCUUUUAUACGGACCCGAGCGACAUUCCACCCAAUCCACGCGAGCCGGCCGAGCCAUACAACGGCGAAGAGGUCAGCACAAAGGAGUUUGGUGCUCUGGGCACCCAGGAACCACUUGCUUCGAGAAUCGCAAAGCUCGCUGGACCCGGACAACCUGUGCAAGCCCAACAACCAACUGCAGCCCCUGACAUUUCUGCGAUCUUGGCCCUGAUCAACCCGCAAGGUCAAGCCCCACCUCAGGCCGCCCAUUCUGUUCCAGCACCUGCACCCGUGUCUGCACCAGCCCAAAACCAAGAUCAGAUGUCCGAGAUUCAACGUAUCCUAGCAUCGCUACCACAGGUGGCCACUCAACAGCAGCAAACCCAGCCUAUGCAUACUCAGCAGCCCGUCCAACAGCCCGCCGCACAGCCUAACAUGGCUCCAGAUCUUGCUGGAAUCUUCGCCAACUUGAACUCUCAAGCUCAGCCAUCAAACAUGUUCGCCCCGCCUCAACAGCAGCAGCAACCACCUGUCAUGGAUCCAAACCCAGCUGCCUUUGCAGCUCUCUUUUCACAGCUUAAUCAGGGCCAGACCGGUGGGAUGGGAGCUAACUUCAACCCGUUCCCUUUCCCAGGUGCUGGGUUCAAUAUGCCCAACAUGGGACAGUUCCCUGGACAGCAGCAGAACCAGCAGUCUCCUUUCGAGAACGAAGAGCGCCGUCGCUGGCGCGAGGGAGGCGGUGAUAAUAACAAUAUCACCAACAACAACAAUAACAACGAUCACAUGCGCCGUGGCAAGCUUGGAAAGAAAGGAACACCUUUCACCGAUAAGCGCUUCACGGUGCCAUGCAAAUAUUUCAAGAAGGGACAAUGCCAGAAAGGAGACUCUUGCACAUACCGACAUGAAUAUUGA